AAGCCACCAUUAAUGGCUUCCUUUGAUUUCACUCUCCCAUUCUUUCUCUUGCUAUUCCUCUGCCACACCAUCUUCUCCAUUGCAAAUCUCCAUAAAAGCAAGAACAUGAUCCUUCGAUCCAAUCAUCACUCUCAACUGAACAACAACACAGUACUUUUCAGUGAAAACUCACCAACUGUAUACUUUGAAGUAACCAAACCAAUCAAACUACCAAAUUCCAAGCCAUGUUCGUAUCUUGCUCUUCGUCAUGAUUUCGGUUUCACUUACGGAAGACCCCCGGUUGUUGCAGACUACAACCCACCCGCUUUUUACUCUCGAAAAUUCGCAAAAAUCUUGAUCGAAUGGAAGGCGACGUGCAAAGGAGUACAGUUUGAUCGUAUUUUUGGGGUUUGGCUAUCUGGCGUCGAGCUACUUCGGGGCUGCACGCCGGAGCCUACGCCGAAUGGAAUCGUUUGGACUGUUGAGAAAGAUGUAACAAGGUAUCACUCAUUGCUCUUGAAGAACAAAACACAAACUUUAGCUGUUUUUCUCGGUAACAUUGUGGACCAGACCUAUACUGGUGUCUACCAUGUUAAUUUAACCUUUCAUUUCUAUCCUGCUGAUUGCAAUGUGAUGAAUGAUGAUUUGAAGAAGAUCGGUUCGAAUAACUUGGCAUCUAACUAUCAUUCUUCUAAGGCUGAUCUGAUCUUACCGAUUUCCCAAGAUCAGCCAUUGAACGAUGGUUCGUGGUUCCAAGUUCGGGAUUCGAACGAUACCGAGUUGAAGCAAUUUCGAGUACCCUCAAAUGUGUAUAGAGCUGUAUUGGAAGUUUAUGUAUCUUUCCAUGAAAACGAUGAGUUUUGGUACGGAAAUUAUCAGAAUGAUUACAUUGCUGAUAAUAAUCUAAUGGACACUCCUGGAAAUGGACCAUUUAGGGAAGUUGUAGUCAAUCUUGAUGGUGAAGUGGUGGGUGCAGUUUGGCCUUUCACUGUCAUCUACACCGGUGGAAUCAAUCCUUCAUUUUGGAGUCCCAUUACCGGUAUUAGCUCCUUCGAUCUUCCUUCUUACGAUAUCGAACUCACCCCGCUUUUAGGCAAGUUGUUGGAUGGAAAACUCCACACAUUGGGGUUCAGUGUCACCAAUGCCUUGAAUGUCUGGUUCAUAGAUGCCAAUUUGCACCUCUGGUUAGAUACCAAAAGUUCGAAAACCGAAGGGAAGCUUGUGGAGUGCAGUAACAAGGCUUUUAGUGUCAAUGAAGAAUCUGAUUUCAGGGGAUUGAAUGGGAAAUUCUUGACAAGCUCAAAGAGGUUCAUAUCUUCAACUGGAUGGAUCAAAUCUUCUUAUGGCAAUAUCACGACUCAUUCGAUUCAAGAUUUCAGUUACAAUAACUCGAUGCAAAUAGAUAAAGAUGGAGAUUUCCAGGUUGUGAACCAGAUGAUCCAUUUCAAUGACAGGGUUUACACGCAGCUGCCUUUUCAUUAUGUUCAUGCAGUUGAAUCGUGGAAGACUUUCCUCUUCAACUUUUAUGCGGACUUCACGGCACAAGGAGAAGGAUCAUUCGCUCUUAUCAGAAAUGUCACAUUAGGAUUUAACGAGAACAAGUACGGGAAUGUCGGUUUCGAUUUCUUCAUCGGAUUUCUCCGAAAUAUCCAGAAAGCGCGAUCGGUCCUCGCUGUGAAAAACGGCUCGACCGUGACGAGAUUACAAGGCACAGAACAGGUGUAUGAAUACCACGGAAGUGAUUUUUGCUAUUCCAGGAACAUAAGCAGCUCCAACAGCUUGAUUGGCUAUGAUGAAGUGAUGAAAAUGUGUGAUGAUUUUGAACUCAAGUCACAGAAAAAACAGCAGCAUUCUCCUGCAAUGGGUUUGAUGUAAGAUAUUCCAGGAUCCUAUAUUCAGCUUGAUUGAUCAAACUAUUAGCUGCUUUAUAAACUGUUCCAUAUUUAAUUUUCUU